AGCCCAGCUGCCCGGGCGCCUGCGAGCCCGGCUCGUGGCUGGCGCGGCUCCGGCAGGAGGGAGCAGGGGGCCCCGCCGCUCCCCAGCCCGGCCCGGGACCAGGCUCCCCUCCCUGGGCGCGGUCCCGUUGCGGCGGAGCCGGGCCACGCGUGGGCGUGGGGGCUGCCGCGCAGAGCCAUCGAGUCAGAGCCACCUCAUGCCGACAGGACACGUCCAUUUCUACGCAGCCCCCCAAGCUGUCCUCAGCAGCCUGCCCGCCCGCCCUCCGGUGCUAGCACGCUAAGGAGACAGCGUGUGCUCAGAGCCCGAGCUGCCAGCUCCGCAAACCCCGCCUGGGAUCUGACGGCCCUGCUCGGCUGUUCUUCCUCGCUCACCAUUGCUGCCAAUGGAGCACGAGCCAGAAUAGGAUGCAGCCCCCUCUCUUGGCCCUGCGGAGCCGACCCAGCUCAGGAGUAAAAAGGAGUCGCUAAGGGUCCCAGCGAGGCGUGAUGACGGAACCACCCUCCCCUUCUGAAGCAGGGGCAGAGCACACAGGGAGCAGCACGAGACCAGAAUGAGGGAGAACUAUGAUGCCAUGAUUGCUCUGGGGUCCCCCGUCGCCAAACCCGAGAUUGUCCCACGGAUCGAGCAAGCCGAAGAGCCUCGUGCCAAGGCUCCUGGGGAGGCAGAGAAAAGGGAGGCCCCUGGCAGCGCCAGCCCAGGAUCCGUAGUUCCCAAGCCCGAGAUCGUCCCGCAAGGUGAGCAAGAGCUGCAGCAGCAUGGUGGCGAGCAGCAGAUGGGUCUGGAAGGACGAAAAGGCCCUGAGAGCAGCUGCUCAGAUGACUGGCUCAUCCGGACGGUGAAGGUGGAGGAGGACUAUGAGGAGUGGCCUGCAAGUCUCAGCGCGGAGGUGCUGCUGUCAGGGCAGCUGCAGGGCAGCGGCUUGCUGCACCCCGACGGGGGCCACGGCUUCCUGGGCGCAUGCAAGCUGGAGAGGCCGAGCCUGGAGGACUACGGCAGCUAUGGCGACCUCCCGGGCUUGGCCCUGCAGCAGUGGCAGCUCCUGACCGAGAAGCCGUAUGGCUGCACUGAGUGCGAGCGGCGGUUCAAGGACAAGCUGACGCUGCGGCUCCACCAGCGGGUGCACACCGGGGAGAGCCCCUACGCCUGUGGGGAGUGCGGCCGCAGCUUCAGCCAGAAGCCCAACCUGGUGGCCCACCAGCGCACCCACUCCGGGGAGCGGCCCUUCCCCUGCGCCCAGUGCGGCAAGGGCUUCAGCAAGAAGGCCCACCUGACUCGGCACCAGCGCAUCCACACGGGCGAGCGCCCCUACCAGUGCGCCCAGUGCGGCCGCUGCUUCAGCCAGAAGAUCCACCUGGGAUCGCACCAGAAGACGCACACUGGGGAGCGGCCCUUCCCCUGCGCCGAGUGCGGCCGGAGCUUCCGCAAGAAGACGCACCUGAUCCGGCACCAGCGCAUCCACACCGGGGAGCGCCCCUACCAGUGCGCCCAGUGCGCCCGCAGCUUCACCCACAAGCAGCAUCUGGUGCGGCACCAGCGCGUGCACAUGGAGCCGGAGCCGGGGCCGGAGCCGGGGGCGUUGGCCCAGCUGGAGACAAGUGCCCCCUGCAGGCUGCCAGGAGUGGCAGCACCACCCCCAGGGUCCUUGCCGGAGCAGAAACCCUUCACCUGCCCCGAGUGCGGCAAAAGCUUCAGCUGGAAGAAGAACCUGACGUCGCACCAGCGGCUGCACCUGGAGGGACGGCCCUUCUCCUGCGCCGAGUGCGGUCGCGGCUUCAGCGACAAGCGCCACCUGACCGCCCACCUGCGCAGCCAUAUGGGCCUCAAGCCCUACGCCUGCGCCUACUGCGAGAAGAGCUUCAGCCACAAGCCCAACCUGACCACGCACCAGCGCACGCACACCGGGGAGCGCCCCUUCGCCUGCCCCGACUGCGGCCGCAGCUUCACCCACAACCAGCACCUGGUGCGGCACCGCCGCGUCCACACCGGCGAGCGCCCCUUCGCCUGCCCCCAGUGCAACCGCAGCUUCAGCUCCCGGCCCAACCUCAUCGCCCACACCAAGGCCCACUCGGGCAAGCGGCCCUACAUCUGCGAGCAGUGCGGCCGCGGCUUCAGCCGCAAGUCCCACCUGGUGAGGCACCAGGCCGUGCACACCGGCACCCGCCCCCACGGCUGCAGCCAGUGCGGCAAGCGCUUCAGCUCCAAGACCAACCUGGUCCGGCACCAGGCCGUGCACACGGGGCACCGGCCCUACAUCUGCACCCAGUGUGGCAAGAGCUUCAGCAGGAAGACGCAUCUCCUGAGGCAUGAGCGUACCCACGCUGCCCCCCUGCAGAGCGACAGGGGCAGUGCCUGGGCCAUGCACGACCCCCUGAGCCAGCAGGCAGCCUGCCUCUAGCGGUGGGGGACUAGUGACUCGCAAGGCUCACCACUCCGAGGGACCAGCUGCUCUGCUGUGAGCUGGACAAAGUGCGGGCAGGUGCUGUGCCCUUAGUGCCAACCUGUAACCCCCCUCCCCGCCGUGCUAUCCCAGCCGUGGGCUCCCCACACAUACACUGCUCUGCAACACUCCACUCUCACCCACCCUGCCCCCCCGUAUCCCAGUCCUUCCCUGUCACCCUGGUUCUGCUCAUGCACUUCACACCCGACCUGCAGCCCCCUGCUAAUCCAGCCUGGGGCUCCCUUCCCCACCAGCUCUGCUGGUGUCCCUCAUUCCUGACAGCCAGCCAUCGCAGUCCUUCUCUAGAGCCUCACUUCAUCCUGGCCCUGCAGCUCAGCCCAACCUGCCAUGCCCGCCUGGGGCUCCCCACCCACACAGCUCUGCCACUCGCCCUCAAUCCCAGCUCUCCGGUGUACGGAUGGGACGGGAGAGAGAGAACUGGGAAGCCACAGGAAAGAAGCUGCCUGAGUGUCCUGCAGCGAGACCCACUUCUGAUCCAGAUGUGCCUUGAGAGCCCAGCGUGCUGUUCACACAGCCCAGCCCUUAUGGGCACAGGCAGGGACACCACUGGGUGCAGCUGCCCUCAGCCUCAGCCUGUCCAUCAUCCACCUGCUGCAAGUGAUACAAACAGCACCUGCGAGACGAGCCCUUGACACUGCCUGGGCAGCUGACCAGGCAGGAGGCGGCGUUAGGACUCAUCGCUGAAUCAUUCCUAAGCUAGAAAGGGGCAUAAUCCCAUUCCCUGAGCCAAAUGGUGCCAUGAACAGUGUUAUCGAAUGAUGCUGAAGAUGAGUUGGAAGCUGGCUUCUCAGCCUGGUCAGUUCCCCAGUCGCUGGCCAGGGCACCCGGCAGUGGUCCAGCAAGAACUGAGGGUGAGCGAGAAGGGAGAGUCUCUGUUCUCUACCUGAGAGGGGGCACAGCAGGGGACCCCCAAGCAAAGGGGCAUUUGAAUGUUAACAUCCCUCUGUAAUUAAAGACGAAACUUAA